AUGCAGUUUUUGGUUUCCAAUUUCCAUCCUGUUAUUUAUGUUUUGGUGUUUAUAGGCUCUGUUCUGAAGUUGGGAUGCGCGUCGUCUACACCAUCGCAGCUUCAAUUGGAAGCAAACGCUAUAAUCAAUAGCGGAUGGUGGAAUUUGCCGCACUCACAGUCACUUCAUAUAUGUUCAUUGAUUGAGGGUAUACAUUGCAAUGAUUUUGGAAGUGUAACUCGUAUCACAUAUCUGUAUUCCGAGCGACCCAUUCAAUUAGCAAAUCUAAACCUUUCUGCUUUUAAGAAUUUGGAACAUCUUGAGGUCUCCUUCUGUAGUCUAGAAGGUAUUAUUCCAUCUGAAAUUGAUAGUCUUUCCAAACUUACUUAUCUUGAUUUAUCUCAUACUUCCAUUCAUGGAGAGAUACCUCUUACAAUAGGAAAUCUUUCCAAUCUCACUUAUCUCGAUUUGUCCUACGAUUCUAUUUCUGGUCAGGUGCCUCCUUCAAUGGGAAAUCUAAUUCAACUAUCCACACUAAUCAUUUCUAACAACUACAUUGAAGGCCCUGUUCCUUUUCAAUUGUCAUUCUUGAAGAAUCUUACUAUCAUUGAUCUAUCUUACAACAAAAUCAAUGGAGCUUUGCCUAUUUCACUUUCAAACCUCACAAACCUUCAAAAUCUUGACAUUUCACACAAUCUACUCUCCGGUUCCCUUGAACCUUUCUUAGUUGGAUAUUUUCCAUUAUUGGAAACUCUGGAUCUAAGCUACAAUAGUCUUACCGGAGGGAUUCCUCUGUCCCUACAUAAUGUCCGCUAUGUGGACCUUUCCUUCAACAAUUUGAAGGGUCCCAUUCCAAACGGUGUACAUCCGUUUGCGCUAAUGGGGAACAAGGGUGUAUGCAGCAACAUUACAAAUAUACGAAUCCAAUACCAAUUCCAGCCUUGUUCAGUCAGUCAGAAGAAACGAAGGAAACUGGUCAUAAUUCCUACUAUCACCAUAUUUCUAAUCAUGAUCUUCUUACUACUUCUAUAUCUGAGGCACAAUCGCAUUACAAUCAAGAACAAACAUUCAAGGAUAAGUGAAACAUCUAAGAAUGGGGACUUGUUCUGCAUAUGGAACUAUGACGGAAGCAUAGCCUAUGAAGAUAUCAUCAUAGUUACUGAAGACUUUGACCUCAAAUAUUGUAUUGGAAUAGGUGCGUACGGAAGUGUUUUCAAGGCUCAACUACCAAGUGGCAAGAUUGUUGCGGUGAAGAAACUCCAUGGCUUUGAAGCAGAGGUCCCGACUUUUGAUGAGAGUUUCAGAAACGAAGCCAAAGUAUUAUCGAAAAUAAAGCAUCGACAUAUAGUCAAGCUCCAUGGAUUUUGCUUGCACAAAAGAAUAAUGUUUUUGAUAUAUGAGUACAUGGAGAAAGGAAGCUUGUCUUCUACCUUGUUUGAUGACAUGGAAGCAAUUAACUUGGAUUGGAGGAAGAGGGUUAACAUAGUGAAAGGCACUGCACAUGCUCUUUCAUAUCUCCAUCAUGAUUGUGUUCCUCCUAUAGUUCAUAGAGACAUAUCAACAAGCAACGUCUUGCUUAACUCUGAGUGGGAGCCCACUGUUUCCGACUUUGGCACAGCUCGAUUUCUCAACCUUGAUUCAUCCAAUCGAACUAUUGUUGUUGGAACCAUUGGAUACAUAGCACCUGAGCUUGCAUAUACAAUGGUUGUGAAUGAAAAGUGUGAUGUGUAUAGCUUCGGAGUGGUGACACUGGAAACUUUGAUGGGAAAACAUCCUAAGGAAAUACUCUCAUCACUUGAUUCAACUUCUACAAAUAGUGACAUCAAAUUAUGUGAAAUAUUGGAUCAACGCCUCCCGCACCCAACAUUUUCAGAUUUACAACACAUAGUUGUUGCUGCUAUUAUGGCUUUUGCAUGUUUAAAUCCCAAUCCCUGCUUUCGUCCAACAAUGAAACGCAUCUCUCAAUGUUUUCUUAGUCGGCUUACACCGUUCAACAUUCCUUUACGUCUUAUUUCAUUGCAGCAGCUCAUAAGUCAAGAACUCAGACAAUCCUUAAAAUUGUGA